AUGAAGCAGCAGAUCGAGUUUGAAGAGGCAAAGGGAGCCCCUCCUGCAUUCAUUGUCAGCCGCCAAACGCCCAGACGUCACGCAGAACUCGGCGGCCGCCUGAACACGGUCGCCGCGUCGGCGUUGAUGUCGACGGACGCAACGCGGUCAUCGACGUCGAUAUAA